GCAAACACAAUACCACUGCUUAUGACUGAGGUUCACUCCCAAACCGCGCACUGUUCGCUACAUAGUGCGCUCUGUAGUCUCUAUAAGCCGUUAUCUCGCCCCCUAUGUAGUGCGCUCAUACUGAAAAUAAGACGCUGUUUGAGACUCUGUUGCUCCGUAAUGAAAUGACAAAACUGCUGUAGGUUGCUAGGCAUUUUUGGACGUUUUGUAAAAGUUACCUGAAGUGUUAGUGCUGAAGAAGAGUCGGGAAGAAGCCGGAACCAGUGGGAAGAUGGAUUGUGAAGCGUAAACGUGGCGUACGGUUACAGUGCUGCACACACCCCCGCUAACAUGCCCAUAACACGGAGGAAGAGUUAUGGCCGCAGCUGUGUGGAGAAUCCGUCUCUGUUCUGGCAAACACCGGGACAUUUAACGACUCUCGGCCACAGGAUUCCAACCAGCAGAGGCGCCGCAAGAUCCCAGAACAUUAUAAGUAAAGUGGACCCAGAGCAAGUGGCCCUUCUGGUGAAGCACGAGUGGAAGCUGGCGUACGUCACCCCGCUGUACCAGUUCCGACACACACGGCUGAAGUUAUACUCCAAACACCUCGCGUCAUUCAUCGUAGCCGAGAAGCAGCAGGGGCUCGCCGUCGAGGUGGGAAUGGAGGCAGGCCUUAAGGUCACGAUCUCCACCGUCCUCGGAAUGGCGGAAAGCGAGGACGACGCGGAAACCGUUUUCAUUCAGAUACACUCAAAACCGACAUUUGGGGCAGACGAUCUGAAACCAGUGUGGUGCGGCUGGUUGACCUGCGUGAACGGAGACCGCGAGUACCUGAGGUCGCUGCCCCCUGACUUUGUCAGCCUUCCUCUGUUCUGCAGCAGCGGCUCUGAACCCCUCACGGCUCUGGUCAAGUCCUGGUUCGAACGCACCUUUGACUGUAAUUUUGGCCCUCUGUUUCUGAACUCCACCACUCUCAACUGGCUGGCUGCCCUGUGGACCGGCUGCCAUCCCAGCAGCAAUAUCAGGUACCUGAAGCUGAGCUGGACCAUGCCCACACAGCCGCCGCUGGACAUCAUGUACACGGUGAACCCGCAGGACGCCUGGGAGCUGUGGAACAGCAUUCACGCCGAGAACGGCGAGGACGAUCGGAUCCACGUUGACGAGGUGCUGCGGUUUAUGAACGGACUCGAGACUCACCUUUUCAGACAUUUUAAGAUCUACCUGUCGGCCGGGACGCUCACGAAGGUCUCCACUUUCCUCGGCUCGGCUCAUCACCACGGCAAAAUCAAGAUGGGCAGCAGCGACUACAUCAGCACCUUACUGACGCUGCUGACGGAGUGCGCCCUCCACAGGAUGCCCAUUUAAUUCCUCUGCCUGACUGAGUGUAAAUAGUGGUUUUUGUUUGACUGAAUACAUGUAAGUCUUUUUGUACACGAGCACAAAUCUUAAAAUUGUAUUUAUUACAUAUCUUUAGGUUGGCGGUUUUUAAUUUUUUUUAUUUUGUAGACCGUGACUAGACGAUAUCCGAUGUCACUUUGUGGAGUGUUGUGAAAUAAUCCCAAGUCCAGGGAGAUCUAGUUUCAUCGAUCGAGUGGUAAAUUCAUGUACACUGUAAAUAGCCCAAGCUUUAUAAAUGUCAUUUACCAUUUUAUUUUUAGCUUUCACGUCUACGUUUUGUGUGAAUUACUAGUGAAUAAUGUACCCUUAUCCCCUUCCUAGUGUGUAAAUAUGUCUUGUUAACCUUUGGCUCUUCUUUAAUCCAUUUACAGUUUGAGAAGUGGACAUGAUUAUUUGUGGGCAGAAUAUAUUUUAUAAAUGUCUUUUAAGGACACGAUACAUUCAGAAGUGAUGGUGUCUACUCGUCUGUUAUUGUCAUCUGUUUUCUCUUGAAAUAAAUGGACUUUAAAACUAA